AUGCUUUCUCAUUACGAAUACCGAUUUGAAGAUUCUCCCGGUCUCAAACACAGUUGUGGUAUCUGCGGUACGUCGUUGCACCACCCUCGGGCCAAAAAGACCUGUUUUGGGAGGCAUGCAGAGCCAUGCUGUAACUUCCACCAUACGAUGUUCCGUAUUGGCAGGGGCAGCUCGUGUGAUGCAUGCAAGAAGUCUAAAGAGCAACAUCUAAAACGACAUAAAGAUAUUGCCAAUUUGGUGCGACAAAUCCAUAACAAGGGUAAAAGUGACAUCACGGCUCUCACCCCUGCACAAGUUGCUAUGGCUGUCCAUGGUUAUCGCGAGCUUUCAAUAGACGAUAGGCGCGAAACUCUAGAUAAAGCCCUCUUAAAAGACGUUCAGCUCCGGGAAAGGCUGAGCGAGAAUCCUCACAAAUUGCCCAAAGCAGAUAUCAAGAAUCAAGAGAUCCGCCAGGUCGCCAACAAACUUGGCGUCAAUACCAGCCACAGCGGAGAAAAGGCCGUUCGAGUACUAUUCAUGAAAUUGGCAGUCUAUCGUCAAAGACAUCGAUACGACAGCCAAUGA